CUGACGCCCAAUGGCAUAGCUUUGAUGUAAAGUACGAGAACUCACUCACGUCGUGUCAAAUCAACCAUUUUGUUCUAUCAACACGUGUUUUUAUUUGUGUAAUGUGAAUUUUAAUAAAACAAAAACAAACCAUGGCUAUGUUAGCUGGACCUCGUCGCAAACAAAAAGUAAUUAAUUUACGAGCGAAAAAUAAUGCAUGGAGCAAUGAUUCUACUAAAUUCGGCCAGAGAAUGUUAGAGAAGAUGGGUUGGAGUGAAGGCAAAGGGUUAGGUGCUAAAGAAAAUGGUAUUGUUGAUCAUGUCGUGGCCAGAUACAAGAAUGAUGACCGAGGAUUGGGCUUUGAGGACAGGAACGACCAGUGGACUAAACACGAAGACGACUUCAAUUCACUAUUAGCUAAUUUAUCGAAUGGUGAUACAAACGAUGAAAAACUACACAGUGGUGUAUCUCUGGAGGAUAAGUCCAAGAAAAGUAAAGCUCGGGUGCACUAUCAUAAGUUCACGCGAGGGAAAGAUUUAACAAAGUACAGUGAGAAGGAUUUGGCAAAUAUUUUUGGUAAAAAAACAUUAAAAGAAAAACAGAAACUACGAGUCGCAGAAGAAGUUGAUACUCCACCUACUGAGCAAGUGUUUACUGAAAAAGGAAGUAUGGAUGACUAUUUUAAGAAUAAAUUAGCUGCUAUCAAAGCUAAAAGCAAGAUAAAUAUUCCUAAUAACUCUAGUUAUGAUGACGAUAAAAAGGAAUAUGCAUUUCAAGGAUUUGCGGGUUCUAACAAUCAAGUAGAAGAGGAAGAUAGUCAUCAAGGCUUUGGCUUUACUCCAUUUUCAUUAUCAAAUACAGAAAAUAAUGACACUGCAGAUAAUUCACCUGAACAAUCCGAUGAUGUCGUCGAAACUAAGAAAAAAAAUAAGAAAAGGAAAAAGCAAAAAUUGCAUGAUGAGAUGAACUCGCAAGAAAAUAUUGAAGAUGAAAAAUCAGAAAAUACUCUGCCAAUAUGUGAUGUAGAUGAUGAACCAAUGAAAACUAAGAAAUCUAAAAAGAAAAAACGUAAAGAAGCAGAAGACUCAGAAAAUAUAGGUAAUACAGUAACUGAAUCUUCUGAUAUUGUAGAGGAACAUGUUCAAGAAGAUUAUGUACCCAAGAAAAAAAAGAAAAGGAAAAAUAAGCCUGUCAAUGAGUAGAAUAAAUUAUUUUAUAUUUUCA